GCAGACAUCUUCUAGUUCCUCCCCCAGUCUGUUCUUUUUCCGCAUACCCAUGAGUCAGUUGGCGGAGGGUGGCUCUCCCCUGGCUGAUAGUUCUGUGACCUGGCACUGUCUGCUAGAUGAAUUCUGCUGGAAGAUGGAACAUAGCAGGAUUCUGGCAGGUCUGAUGCUGGUUGCCUUUCUCCCUCAAGCGAGCCUCUUCAAGAUUACAGUAGCAGAACAUGAGGACAAAGUAUUUUUGAGUUGUAAUACCAGCGUCACGUGGCUAGAGGGAACAGUGGGAACACAGUUAAUACAUAAUAAAAAUCUGGACUUGGGAAAACGCAUCCUGGACCCGAGAGGAACAUAUACGUGUAAUGGGACAGAGGAACUCGCUAAAGAAGUAUCUACUUUGCAAGUUUAUUUUCGAAUGUGCCAGAGCUGUGUGGAAGUAGACUUGGCCACCCUGGCUGGCAUCAUCAUCACUGACAUCAUUGCUACUCUGCUCCUUGCUUUGGGAGUCUACUGCUUUGCAGGACAUGAGACUGGAAGGCUCUCUGGGGUGGCCGACACUCAAGACCUGUUGAGGAAUGAGCAGCUGUAUCAGCCCCUCCAAGAUCAUGAUGAUUCUCAGUACAGCCGUCUUGGAGGAAACUGGCCUCAGAAAAAGUGACCCUGAGAGUGGUGGCUUCUAGAAACAUCGUUAUCGACUAUGCCCUCCCUCUGCUUAACCAAUGAACAUGACCAUUUUCACUCAGUAGCUGCCUGCACUUCCAAGGGCAGGGAUGGGAGUUGUCCUGACUUGGCUGGACUCUUGUCCUCCUUGCUCACCUGUACCCUUCCUUCAUCUCUUCCCUUCCUCUGUUCCACAUGGACACUGUGACGGGCAGUUUCCCAUCUUUCCUGGUCCACUGAUGUUUCCAGCCCAGUGGGCUUCCUGGGUAAAGGGUCUGCUGUUCCACACUCCCUCUGCUACUUACUUGUUGACUCCAGUCCCCUACCACAACAACCUUUCCAGGGUUUUGGCUGCCCCACCACAGCCAAGGGUGGCUGUUGUGUUUAGGGGCCCAGCCACAAAGAAGUUUCCAUGACAACAUGAGCGGGGGUGGCAGAAACAUCAAGGGACCCUGAGACUCACUUCUCAUUGAGACAUAGAGGGUGUGUAAUGAAGUCCCACUGCUACUAAGGGGCUGGCCUUGGUUUUAUGAUCCUGCUGAGCAGUUAGCAUUAGCAGUUGAGGAGGUUUCAGCCUAGGCCCCUGAGUUUCCCUUUCCCGUAUAGAAGGUACCAUUUUAUCUUCCUUUCCUAUCCUGCCCUUGCCUUCUGCAUAAUAAACUGGGAUUAGAA